GGACUGCAAAAACAAAGCAGCUUGAACAGGAUAACCGGCUAAGGAAGAUUCAAGAUAGAGAAAUUACGAUGCUAGCGGUAGCGGGUACCAUAAUGCUGAAGUCUGCGACUAUCCCAGCCUUAUCUUCAUCGUCUGCUGCUUCCACUCUUCUCCAGCAAAUCGCUUCAAAUCAUUCAAAAGGAAUUGCUAAGGUUGUACUGAAAAGGGGAAAGACGCAGCUUUUUAAAGAUGGGUGUCCCAUGGUUUACAGUGGUGCAGUUGAUAGAAUACUUGGAAGACCACCACCCAGAACAGGGGAUAUGGUGUUAGUGGCAGAUGGAAUGGAGAAACCAAUUGGAUGGGGUUUUUAUAACUCUGUUUCUAUGUUCUGUGUGCGGCUUAUGCAGUUGGAAGAAGAAGCAGCUGGAGAUCCUGAUUGUGCGUUGAAUGUGGAGAAACUCUUAGAAACAAGGCUUGGUAGAGCGAUUCAGUUGCGUAAGAAUCUGGGACUCCCAUCUGCAUCUACAAAUGCGUAUCGUUUGGUCAAUAGUGAAGGAGAUAGAUUGUCAGGCCUAAUUGUUGAUAUAUUUGGAGAUUUAGCUGUGGUUGCAUCAUCUGCAGCUUGGGUGGAGAAAUACAAGCCAGAGAUAAAAAAUUGCAUUAAUAGACUGGAAGGCAUUAAUUACAUAAGCUGGAGACCAUCUGCUGAGAUCUUAAAGGAAGAAGGUCUAGAUCUUUCAGACUCGAGGGAAAUGCAUCCUCCUAUUCCUUCAGGAAUGGUAAAGGUUAUGGAGAACCAAAUUUCAUAUUCUAUCUCACUGGAGGGACAGAAGACUGGAUUUUAUGCUGAUCAACGAGAGAACCGUCAAUUCAUAUCCACAGUUUCAGACGGCCAAAGAGUCCUUGAUAUGUACUGCUACACUGGUGGCUUUGCUCUAAAUGCAGUAGUUGGUGGAGCUACAGAUGUCAUAGGUGUUGAUUCCUCAUCACCUGCUUUAGAGCUUGCCAAUCAAAAUAUUGUCCUUAACAACUUGGAUCCAAAUAGAGUAUCAUUUAGGAGAAACGACGCAGCUGAUUUUCUUAAGGAUGCGGCUUCUAGAAAUGAACUAUGGGACAUUGUUAUCAUGGAUCCACCAAAGCUUGCUCCUCGAAGAAAAGUGCUACAAAAUGCUUCUGGCAUGUAUAGGAGCUUGAACUCAUUGGCUAUGCGAGUCGUAAAGAAAGGCGGUCUUCUUAUGACCUGUUCUUGUUCUGGAGCCAUGACUCAAAGUGGAACCUUCCUAACCACUCUACAGGCUGCUGCAACAAUGGCGGGGAGGAAAAUCACAGUUGUACGUCAAACAGGAGCAGCUUGCGACCAUCCUAUUGAUCCGUCCUAUCCUGAGGGGGCUUACCUUUCCAAUGUUCUGCUUAGAGUGUUAUGAUCAGUGAAAUUUUGACUGUCUUUUCUGUUGUGAAACCUGCUCUGUGGCGGUAACCGAUGUGUCAAAGUUUAGAGUAGAUGAGUUCAUUUAGAAAUACCCUUUUUGUCAGGUUUAGAGACGAGGUUUUUCUGUAACUUAUGUGUUGUGACAUAGAUUCAAAAGACUAUUUAUAAUAAAUUGAUCCAAAUCCAAAACUCAAAUAUUCUUAAAUGGGACCAUUGACAAGGUUUUCCUA